AUGGCAGGAGUAUCGCCUCCGGGUCGUGUGCAACCCAUAAUAUCAAGCAACAAUCCCCCAAUAUUACUUGACUUUGUUUCGCAUGUACCGGCGCCGGUAACACGAUUGCUUGUUGAGCAAGCCGGUACGAUUAAAGUAUUACGAAGAGCUGCUGAAAUAGCAAGUUGGAGGAGUCCCAACCCUUCCGAGAGUUGGCUUUUGCUCGGGACAUGGUACCUUGUACCUAUCAUCGUCAUUCUUCCUGCCCUGUGGAAACAUCUCAAGGCACAAACGUGGUGGCCGUGGCGAUCAUCUAAUCAACCCCCGCAUGAACCAGCCGCGGCAAGCGAUACAACUGUCGCCGCCACCAUCUCAGACAUCACAGUUCUUCGACUUCUGCUCCCUGCAUUCCUUUUCCAACAACCGCCCGUCGCAGCUCGCUCACCUAUCAUCGAAGCUAUUCAGAAUUUCCACAACACUCUCCCGCUUCCCUCAAUCCUUCGAGCCACCGCAAUCUUGUGGGUUGGGAUUGAUUGGUCUUCUGCGCUCUUACCGAAUGAGCGGACGAGUUGGUGCUCUCCCCCUCCGCACCUGGCUCCCCUCUCUCCGCCCAUAACUUUUACUCUUCCUUCUCGAACAUCGCAUGUUGACAAGAUACUCAAAAUCCGACGGAACGCAUUUUGGAGAUGGGACGACCCUGAAUGGACAGUUAUGGUUAAGACAUCUGCCGAUUCGCAUGCCUCUCGAGUGCAGCUUCCAUUGCCUGAUCCAUCGUCGGAUACUGAGGGGCGACUGGCCAAGGGGCUGAAGCGAGUUGGAGAGAAUCUUCCCGAGUCCGUAGCGGGAAGCUCGUAUUCGCGGAGAACGAUUGAUUCUGGUGACGAUGAUGAUGAGAAACCUCCAUUGUCGCCUCUAAGUGGAACCAAAGACUCUCUGACCGAUCCAGAUGGUUGGAUAUAUGCGGAUAAUAAAUGGGAAAUGCCAAGUCCCAAGGGUGGUCUUGGGAAAUAUACUCGAUACCGAGUAUGGACUCGAUGUGCGGUCUUAAUUGAGGAAAUCGAAGAGCUGGAUGAAUUAGAACUUACUAACGCCCUAACCACUACCGACAAUCCUUCAAGCCCUUCCAACCUCCAAGCCCCCACAACCCUGAUUGCUCCGAAUCAACAGCUCUCUUCCUCUCCUCAAAAAGGACACAAGCAUACGCUCUCAGAAGGGGGUGCAAGUAUGGGUACCUGGCGUGCGAGCAGUACGGGCUCGAGCGUCAGUGAUCGAGAAUCAACUUUGACCAGUCGAUUAAAAUCUGUUCUUGAGAGCAGAUCCAAGUCGUAG